AUGUCCCUAACAGACAAAGUCUCCCUCAUCACCGGCGGCGUGAAGAAUCUCGGCGCACAGACUGCCCUCCAACUAGCAAGUGAAGGCUCUCACCUAGCUCUACACUACCACACCAGCACAGAAGAGCAGAUAACCGAGCUCUCAAACAGUCUCAAGACGAGAAAUCCCUCUGUGAAGGUCUCAUUUUACAAGGGAGACCUCACAGGUGCUGCAGCAGUAACAAAGCUCUUCAAUGAUGUCCUCAAGGACUUUGGAAAGAUCGAUAUCGUAAUCAAUACCGUUGGAAAGGUGUUGAAGAAACCAAUUACUGAAAUCAGUGAGGAGGAAUAUGACUCUAUGUUCGCUGUGAAUUCCAAGACUGCGUUCUUCGUCCUCAAGGAAGCAGCUACGCAUAUUUCGGAUGGUGGAAAGAUCAUCACGAUUGUUACGGCACUUCUUGGUGCUUUUACAGGAUAUUAUACCUCCUACGCUGGUAGUAAAGCUCCUGUCGAGCAUUUCACUCGCGGCGUUUGCAAGGAACUUCAAGCUCGAAGAGUCAGCGUUAACAAUGUUGCGCCGGGGCCAAUGGAUACACCAUUCUUUUAUCCGCAGGAAUCGCCCGAGGCGGUGGAAUACCACAAAGCGAAUGGAAUGGGUAACCGGUUGACGAUGGUUGAGGACAUUGCACCUAUUAUUCGCUUCCUUGUUACUGAGGGCGGAUGGAUUACUGGACAGACUAUCUUUGCUAAUGGUGGAUAUACUACUCGUUAA